UGAACGCUACCUCGCUGGGCGGAUCGAAGCACAGUUUGUCCCAUCAUCACGUUGCGCACAUGGGGUAGGAUGUGACUGCGCCACACCCAAAUGAGCCUGAACUGCAGAUCGCAGGGACUCGCUUGUGUAAUAGUUGGGGGCAACGAGUGGCAGGGAGCUCAUGCUGCUGCUCCACUGCUGUGCCUCCCUUCAUGUGCCAAUAACAGCAGAAGACGGGCGGCGCAUGAGCGAGAGCCUUUUAAGCGUUUCUACGAUUAACGAACAAUACGUGUAUUUACAACUCUUGUGCGCUGUGACCAAAGUCAACACUGAGACAUUGUAAUGUCCGAUCAGCCUGUUUAAAAUGGGCUCGUUUUUAUAUAUGGCUGGAUCUGCUAACCCCACUGAGGCCACUGUCUAUGAGCAGCUUAUUCACUGUGAGGGUGUAAAUAAUAAAAGCUAUGUGUGUGAGACGGGACACUGUUGUGGAGAGUCCCAGUGCUGCAGCUACUACUAUGAACUCUGGUGGUUCUGGCUGGUGUGGGCCAUCAUCUUCAUCCUGAGCUGCUGCUGCGUUUGUCAUCAUCGUCGCACCAAACACAGACUGCAACAACAACAACGACAGCAUGAGAUCAACCUCAUUGCCUACAGAGAGGUCCACAACUACACCUCACUGCCCUUCUACUACAGAUUCCUACCCAACUAUCUCCUUCCAGAGUAUGAGGAGGUAGUGCAUCGGCCUGCUACGCCCCCUCCUCCAUAUAGUGCCUUAAACGCCGGCCCUCCGACCUGCACCAGCCCUUUAACCACUGACCAGCAGGAUACACACUGCACACCCGGACAGACCACUCCAGUGCCCCCUGCUUCUGAAACGCUUUGUUCCAGACCCAGCCCAGAGGAGAUCCACACCUCUAAUGGGUACCACCAGAAGGAAGACGGCAAGGGCGAGACGGAGUUAGAGCGGGACAGAUCCGCACAGAGCACUCAGCAGCCUCCCAGCAGGGAGAACCAGAACGAGUGCAGGAAGGAGCCGCUCAGGAAUGUGGCGAUACCUGACGACAAAGAGAGGAUUCUGGGAAGACACCGCAGAUUCACAGGGGACUCUGGGAUUGAGGUGUGUGUUUGUGGACGAGGCUUGGAGAGCCACGAGCCCAAAGAAUUCAAGGGGCUUUUGAGCGAGGAGGACCAGGAGGAUUUCUGUGAGGAAUGUGGCCUUCGGUCCUACGGAGAGGAAAAUCAGGGACUUCUGUCCCCAGAAAACAGGGUGGAGCGUGGAGCAUCGCCAAUGUCCCAAUCUCAACCUCAUACGGUCUGCCUCUAUUUGCAUACUAUUAAUGAACAAGAGGGUCCACAACAUAGUAACACAGAAUCGUAAAGCUAAAUGCAUGACAUUAAAAAAAGGUUAGAGGAGGACAAGCAUACAGGGAAGCUGCAGUAUGCAGUGCAGGAGUAAUCACACAAUAUAUACAUUUGUUUGUAAGUACGUGAUGGAAACAAUCGGAUGUUCUCUGCAUCGUUGUUUUAUGUACAGAGCAUCUAUUUAUGUGGUUAAAAAGCACAAGGUGCACAAGGAUGGGCUCUACUUUCUCCACUAGACGAUACAUGUGGUGCUGUAAUGGAGCGUUCAGGUUUUCCCGGGAGAUUCAUAUUUACAAGUUGAUUCAUCGUAAUUAUGACAUCAGAUGCGUUCAGAUCACUUUGGUUGGAGAAAGAUGGCGUAGUAACGUUUCUCCACAAAAUAAUGAAUAAAGAAUGCACAUAAGGUUUCUAUUUACUUUUUCAAAUAUUUCUAUUGAAUUUACAAUAGGUGCUGCAAAAUUGAAUCAUAGUCUAUCGUAAUUGUACAAUACUUUUGUACAUGCAACAUAACUAGUUUUAUUGUAAAUGAAAAAGAAAACAAAUUUCAACAAAGUUACCAUCAAUACAUCCGGAACUCAGAAACUCUGUAAGGAAUAUCCAUAGUUUCCUGACUUUGUGCUGGCAGUCGUUGUAAAUACGAUCUUUCUGACAUGACUUGAUCAUAAGGCAUCCUCCAGGUGUGACCACAUUUACACUGCAAAAUUUUGUGGGUGAAUUAAAUUCAAUUGCAAUCUGUGUGAACGGGAGUUUCGCAGAUUCAUAUUCAAGUUGGUAAUGUGAAUUUGUUGCAUUCACCAACAGAAAGCUGCUUGCUUUGAAUUUGACUUCUUCUUGAGCUUUGAUUCCUGCAUUGCUACACUAUUGAGAGUGGACCAUUUUGACCCUUUAACAUCUCGCUGAAAUUUUACUAAUGUGACCAGACUUAAACUGUGCGGUCUAAGGACUUAGGUUCUAAAUAUGUUAACACUAGUGUGCUGAACUCUCAGUGUCUCAGGACAGUCAAAGAGCAGUCUUAAAAAACUGACUGAACACCAAAAAAGACCAUGUGCUUUUAAUAUCCAUGUUGACUUUCCCUAAUGUGAUGGGACAAAUAUUAUUGGUGUAUUAAGGUUUUGUUUUUGCACAAUCACGUUCUUUUGAAUCAAUCAUGUUCAUGAUUAUUCAUUUCAAAUACAAAGUAUUUACAUACAGUCUUAAUUCACAUUUUGUUUGUUUAUAUUGUCGUCUUUUUGGCUGCUGUAUGCUCUGAGGAAUUAUUCAUGUGUAUUUGGUAUUCAGAACAAGUUUGAUUCAUAAAUCAGAGUUUUUAGAGCCAAAGUAGGCUAUACAGAUUAUGACAUGGGGCAGAUGUUAGAAUUAGGCUUGGAGCUUAUAAGUGCUGCUUUAUUAGCUACUACUAAUCAUCAGUUUUUGAUUGCAAGCAAACACUACAUAAUGUAUAUUACUUUGAACCUGUAGGGAUAAAAGCCUUGCCAAAGGGAGGUGUCUUUAGUACACAAGCAUUUACUGUGUAAAGUCAUUUCUUCUAGGUGCUUAGUCAACGAUAUAAGCUACCAAGUAAAAAAAAAAAAAGAAAAAAAAAAUAUUUUUUUUUCCACUGGAACAUAUUCAAGUGAACUCCAAAGAGAGAAACAUUGAUGUUUUUAAAAUGAUAAUAUACAUAAAGUUAUGCGUAAAGCAUAUCUUGUUGAACUUGAUGUUAGAUGACACAUGUAGGUACAGAUUUGAUUAAGCUGUAUGGUGGUAAUAUGAUUUUAUCAAGUGCCUUUUAUGUCAUUUUUGCACUGUUACAACCACUCUAAAUGCGGUUUUACAUGCCAGUUGUCAAGUAUCAUCUUGAACAUUAGCUUCAUAAAAUAUAGUUUUUUACAAAAGCUGUUCUUCAUGAAAGCUCAAAAGCUGUGCCUUGAUUUUAUAUUCACAUGCAAACUAAUGAGCCAUAUAUGUAAUUAUAAAAUGAUUUAUUUUUGUAUUUCUGCACCAAAGUAGCUUCAGUUUGUCCCACCAUGACCACUGAAGCACUCUUUUAAAGCUCUCCAUGUUAACAAAUGAAUUUAUUUCACUGUCCUAAUGAAUGUUGAAGAGAUUUGGUGCUCUUACUGGUGUCUCUGUGAUGACAAUCUAUUAUUAUUAGAGCUAGCUUAGAGUCAGAUACCUAAUCAAUAUCUUUCUCUGAUAUAUUAACAAUCUGCUGAUUUUCAAAGUCUUAAAUGCUCUGAUGUGUCUCACGUUAGAAAUAUGUCAUAGCCUGCAGCUGUUGUGUCUAACAAUCUAUGUAAUCAUAUGAGUUCUGGCGCAGUUCAUAUUUUUAUGUUUAUCUUAUGCAAAAAAUAAUAAUAAUAAUAUUGUGACACUGUCCAAUAAAUGCAAAUCAAAACAA